AUGGCGGCGGCGGCGGCGGCGGCGGUGGAAAGCCUCCCCCAAGAACUCCUCACCAGUAUCUUUCUCUUACUCUCAUGCAUCGCCGACCGCGUCAGGUUCUCCGCCGUCUGCAAACACUGGCGCCGCGUCGCUCUCCAGAAGCCGCCCCCGCUUCCCUGGCUCCUCAUGCCCACUACCGGCCUGAUCUCCUGCUACCGGAUGUUCGGCGGUUUCACAGGUCAGCAGCCAUCCUUCGCCAUCGACGCCCGGGGAGGGCGCUUCUUGGGCUCCUUCCCGGGCGGCUGGUUCAUCGUCGCGCUCCAGCGUUGGCGCGGACACGCCCUGCUCAACCUCCUCUCGGGGGAGAGCGUGCCGCUCCCGGACAUAGCGCAUUUUUGUGGCGAAAUGGAUAUCCCCGUACAGAUCCGCGCCGCCACCAUGUCCGCAGCUCCUUCUGCCGGCGGCGGCUCUGGCGCAUGCGUCGUCGCCGCCAUAACGUCCGUGCAUGGUAUUACCGGUAUAGCCUGUUGGGGCUGGCCUCGGCGACACACGCCGAACCAGCCCUCCGGCGACAAACGCCGGUGCCCUCUCUCUCUCUCUCUCGCACUCACGGACUUGAGGUAG